AUGCAAUUCUCAACAACCAACGCACCCCCGCGCCUGGUGCAAGAUAGUUUCGACGACAUAAACCCCAAGGACUACCUUAGAAAAGAAUUCAAGUCUAAGCGCCCACGAACUGCUGAUAUUCUCCUCGAGGAGCUACCACAAGGACUCGUUCACGAUGCUGAAGCAGCAGACCUCGCAGGAGAUUUCUUCUCAGCCAAGCCUGAGCUAGAGUCAGACCAUGAGGAGCAACUCCCCGAGGGAAUUGAGGAGACUGAGGAGGAGAGACAGAAGCACUGGUUCGUCGGUAGCAUCGACCAGGGUACAACAUCAACCCGAUUCCUCAUCUUCAAUGGUCAUGGUGAGCCUGUUGCCAGCCACCAAAUGGAAUUUGAGAACCUCUACCCCAGUUCUGGAUGGCACGAGCAUGACCCUAUGACACUCCUCGAAACUGCCGAGGUCUGCAUCGAAAAGGCAACCGAGAAGUUCUGUGCUCAAGGUCAUAAGGUUGAGGAUAUCCGCUCUAUUGGUAUUACAAACCAGCGUGAAACAACCGUUCUCUGGGACAGCACCACUGGUGAGCCCCUUUACAACGCUGUUGUCUGGCCCGAUACUCGCACUUCUGCUCUCGUCCGUGACCUCAAGAACAAGCCUGGCGCCGAGAAGCUCCAAGAAUCCUGCGGCUUGCCAUUGUCUACCUACCCCUCAAGUGUGAAGCUCCUCUGGGUCCUCCAGAAUGUCGAGUCAGUCCGAGAGGCCUACGAGGAUUGCCGACUAUCCUUUGGUACUGUCGACUCAUGGCUCAUUUACAAGCUCAACGGUGGAGUGGAACGUGAGGGAGGACCCAUCUUUGUCACCGAUGCCACCAACGCCAGCCGCACUAUGUUCAUGAACCUCAAGACACUGGACUAUGAUGACGAUCUUCUCAAAUUCUUUGAUGUUGACCGCACCAAGAUCAGCCUGCCUAAGAUUGUUCCUUCCUCCCACCCCACUGCCUACGGUACCCUUUUCAGGGGACCUCUCAAGGAUGUCCCUAUCGCCGGCUGCUUGGGCGACCAAUCCUCUGCCCUUGUCGGCCAGUGUGGCUUCAAGCCUGGCCAAGCCAAGAACACCUACGGUACCGGUUGCUUCCUUCUCUACAAUGUCGGCAGCGAGCCUGUCAUUUCACAGACUGGUCUCCUCGCUACUGUCGCAUAUGAUUUCGGAAAAGGCCGCAAGCCGGUCUACGCUCUUGAAGGUAGCAUUGCCGUUGCCGGCUCUGGUGUCAAGUUUCUCGAAAACAACCUGGGGAUUAUCAAGAGUUCUUCUGAAGUUGAUGAUGUUGCCCGAUCUGUUCCUGACAAUGGUGGUGUGACGUUCGUCACAGCCUUCAGCGGCCUCUUCGCCCCCUACUGGAUUGAUGACGCCAAGGGUACUCUCUUUGGUGUCACUCAACACACCAACAAGGGUCACAUUGUGCGAGCUACUCUUGAGGCUACUUGCCAUCAGACAGCAGCUAUUCUGGAUGCUAUGGCAGCUGACUCGGGCCACGCCCUCGACAUUCUGGCUGUGGAUGGCGGUCUAUCUAACUCGGACCUCUGCAUGCAAACACAGGCCGAUAUCAGUGGAGUACCUGUCGAUCGCCCCGCUAUGCGAGAGACCACAGCACUGGGCGCUGCCAUUGCGGCGGGUCUUGCUACAGGAGUCUGGAACGAGCUGGAGGAGCUGCACGAAGUCAACCGAAAGGACCGUAAGGUCUUCUACCCCGAAGCAGACCCCAAGGACGUGCGUCGCUCUCGACGACGUUGGGAGCGAGCCGUCGAGAUGAGCAGAGGUUGGCUCCAGGACGAUGAGGACGAUGAAUAA